AUGAAAGAUAAUGAAUGCACAAGAACAAAGUGGUGUUCUGCAACUUGUGCUCAACCGAUUCCAUUGUUCUUGGAAUACAUUCAAAUAAGAGGCGGUGGCUCUGAAGCAGAUGGUCUGGAAGAAAAUAAGGAGAUAGCUUCGAAGGCAGUUCAGUUUGUCAUACGUGCUGUGAGAAAAGGAGCUGUUCCCUUGUGCUCUAGUAUCGCCGAACUGCUCCGCAAGAUUCAGCGUUUACAGAGAACCGUAGAAGCUCAGAGCAGAUUGAUUGCAGAGCUGAAGAACAAGUGUUUUGCUUGCAGAGGCCCUGUCUCCACCAGUUGUCAUAGUAACACGGCCUACAGCUCCUACCGCCAUUCUUCCUCCUCUCUCACCCUCUCCUCUUGCCAGGCUGUGGAUGAGUUUCCUGGGCGCCAAAGCUCCACCACACAGUCCAUUCCCGUGUCUCCCAGGCCUCAGAGGAGCGACUCGGAUGGAUGUGGGCAAGACGCCAUCAAGAAGUGUGGAGGGGGCAUCAUCCCAAGAGAAGGUUUUUGUGACGAAAACAUCCAAACAUUGAGUAAAAAAACCAAGCCUCGUAAGCCGUUAGGCUCCUCCUGUGAGAGGGCUGCUGGUGGCAGCAGCUCCGGGGGGGAGACAAACAUGGUGAUGGGCCCCGUCAGCAAAGGCCUUCGUCGGACAAGAAACCAGACGGACAUCAGCGCGGUGGUCGCCAGCGAUUCUGCACUCACAGCUGCAGCUCGGUGAUUCUGCAGCUCAGCUCGGGAGUCCCACUGCUUAAAGGCAUCACCUUCAGAGCCUUGCACAUUGAUCUCGGGCUGUUCAUCAGAGCUCUUUUCUACCGAAGGGGGGGGAGGGUUAAUUGAGCACGUCUUUCAAAUCCAGUCCGGUCGUUUCCAUCUUCUGACAUGCGUAGUGGCAGAGGGUUUUAAAACUACACCCUGUGAGCUCCUAAAAUAGUGAUUUUUCUCCAUCUUCAACCUAAGAGAACAUAACACAAAAAUGAUUAAUAACAAAAUAUGGCACUUGGCCUCAAGACGCCUUACCAAAGAAGCGAAGAGAAAUGUUCAGCAGAAAGGGUUCUCUUAUUUACUUGAGACCUGCUCUCGCAUGUAAGGAUGACGUUUGCUCUUUGUUCCUGGUAUCUGCUGAUAAAAAAAUCCUGUUUUUAGCACCUGUGCUAAUACUGGAUUUACAGAGCGGAUACCUGAAACACUUCCUCCGUGUCAAAUGCUUGCAAUUAGACACAUCUUUUGUUUUUGCCCAUCAAGGUGGCAUCCGCAAUACCCUGUCCCUCAUGCUGUAACUGUGAUUUCAGACAAUUCCUCAACACAUACUAACUGUGGCAGUCAGUCAGCAUAUCUUUAUAGGAUCCCUACAGACAGGUAGGAAUCCACUGAUCUAGAGUAGUAAAUCAAAAGCUUACCUUGGCAACACUGAGCACUCUAAUAACAUUACAAAUCAGUUCAUAGACAAGGAGUUUGGUCAACAGCUUAAAAAAAUAAGCAUAGAUAAAACAUAGAACUAGAAUAUACAAAAGCUUUCAUUUUGAGUUAGCUGCUUUGAUAUUGUAAAUGGUCCUAACCACCUGCUAUACAGGUUUAAAUAUCAACUGAUGUGACGACAUUUAUAGAGGAAAAGACUUUCCUCCCUUUUCAUUUUCUUUUUCAUUUUUUGAUCAUGUUCA